CACUAUUUUAAGUCGAGAAUGAGGAUUGCUGUGAUUGGUCAGAGUCUGUUCGGUCAAGAAGUUUAUAAGGAGCUGAGAAGAGAUGGACAUACCAUUGUUGGAAUAUUCACCAUUCCCGACAAGGAUGGCAAGGCUGACCCGCUCGCUACAGAGGCGGAAAAGGAUGGCGUCCCCGUGUUCAAGUUCCCUCGCUGGCGUGUAAAGGGCCAGGCCAUACCAGAGGUUGUGGCCCAAUACAAAGCAACAUCUGCCGAAUUGAAUGUCAUGCCCUUCUGCUCCCAGUUCAUUCCCAUGGAGGUCAUUGACCAUCCCAAACACGGCUCCAUCAUCUAUCACCCCUCACUUCUGCCUCGCCAUAGGGGAGCCUCUGCUAUAAACUGGACCUUGAUCCACGGAGACAAAAAGGGCGGGUUCACUGUGUUCUGGGCCGAUGAUGGACUUGACACAGGACCAAUCCUGCUGCAAAAGGAGUGUGAUAUUGGACCAAAUGAUACAGUUAACACACUCUACAAACGGUUUCUCUUCCCAGAAGGAGUCCGGGGCACUGUAGAAGCAGUGAGGUUGAUUGCAGAUGGAAACGCACCGCGGAUCACCCAGCCAGAGGAAGGAGCCACAUAUGAGGGUAUCCAGAAAAAGGACAAUGCAAAGAUCAACUGGGACCAGUCUGCUGAAUCUCUCCACAACUGGAUCAGAGGAAAUGACAAUGUUCCGGGUGCCUGGACAGAAAUUGAUGGACAGAAGGUGACUUUCUAUGGCUCCUCUAUGGUGGAUAAUGGCACCAAUAAAACUGGGAAGCCCUUGGAGAUCCUUGGGGCAAGUAAACCUGGAAUUGUCACCAAAGAAGGCCUCGUCAUCUUUGGCAAUGACAGAAAGGCACUGUUGGUAAAGAAUUUGAAGUUUGAGGACGGGAAGAUGAUAUCUGCCUCACAGUACUUUGGCUCAGAAAGCAGUGCUGCUUUGGAGCUGACUGAGGAGGAAAAGGAAUUUGCUGAAAAGAUCAAGGUAGUGUGGCACAGCAUUCUGACUAACGUCAGUCUGAUUGAAGACACCACAGAUUUCUUCAAGUCAGGAGCUGCCUCCAUGGAUGUAGUCAGGCUCAUCGAGGAGAUGAAACAGUGUGAAAGUGCCUGUGAAUUACAAAACGAGGACGUCUACAUGAACACCACCUUUCGGGAUUUUAUCCAGAUGUGUGUGAGGAAGCUGCGAGGAGAGGAAAAUGAAGAAUUGAUCACCGAUUAUGUGGAGAGAAACAUCAAUGGCAUGAAUGUCCAAAUGCCACAUCAGCUAUUCAUUAAUGGAGAAUUUGUUGAUGCAGAGGGAGGACAAACUUACAAGACAAUAAAUCCAAAUGAUGGCACAGCCAUCUGUGAUGUGUCCCUCGCGCAGAUUGCUGACGUGGACAAGGCUGUUGCUGCUGCUAAGGAAGCAUUUGAAGAGGGAGAGUGGGGCAAAAUGAAUCCAAGAGACAGAGGCAGACUCAUUUACAAGCUGGCUGAUCUAAUGGAGCAAAAUCAAGAGGAGCUGGCCACCAUUGAAUCCAUUGACUCUGGGGCUGUUUACACGCUAGCGCUGAAGACACAUGUGGGCAUGUCAAUCCAGACCUUCCGCUACUUUGCCGGCUGGUGUGACAAAAUUCAAGGCAACACAAUCCCUAUCAAUCAAGCCAGACCCAACCGCAACCUCACCUUCACCAAGAAGGAACCAAUAGGAGUGUGUGCCAUUGUAAUUCCUUGGAAUUACCCUUUGAUGAUGCUGGCUUGGAAGACUGCAGCGUGUCUGGCAGCAGGAAAUACAGUUGUCCUAAAGCCAGCACAGGUAACUCCACUGACAGCGCUGAAGUUUGCGGAGUUGGCAGCAAAGGCCGGAUUGCCAAAAGGGGUUAUUAAUAUUCUGCCGGGAUCAGGCGCAUUGGUGGGUCAGCGCCUAUCUGACCAUCCCGACGUCCGAAAACUGGGAUUCACAGGUUCCACGGAAAUUGGUAAACACAUUAUGAAAAGCUGUGCAAUCAGUAAUGUUAAAAAAGUGUCAUUGGAGCUCGGAGGAAAAUCUCCUCUCAUCAUCUUCAGUGACUGUGACAUGGAGAAGGCUGUGCGUAUGGGCAUGAGUUCAGUGUUCUUCAACAAGGGAGAGAACUGUAUAGCAGCUGGCAGACUGUUUGUGGAAGACAGUAUCCACGACCAGUUUGUGGGGAAAGUGGUUCAAGAGAUUAAGAAAAUAAAGAUUGGUGAUCCACUGGACCGCUCCACAGAUCACGGCCCUCAAAACCACAAAGCCCAUUUGGAUAAACUGGUGAAAUAUUGUCAGAUUGGUGUCAAGGAGGGAGCUACACUGAUCUGUGGUGGAAAACAGAUAGAGCGGCCAGGUUUCUUCUUUGAACCAACUGUGUUCAGCAAUGUGCAAGAUCCCAUGUAUAUCGCUCAAGAGGAGUCAUUUGGUCCUAUUAUGAUCAUUUCCAAAUUUAAGAGCGGUGAUGUGGAUGAUGUCCUGAGAAGAGCUAACUCCACCGAGUAUGGCCUUGCUUCAGGUGUUUUUACACGGGAUAUUAACAAAGCUCUGUAUGUCAGUGAAAAACUCAAUGCUGGUACAGUCUUUGUCAACACCUACAAUAAGACAGAUGUGGCGUCACCAUUUGGAGGCUUCAAGCAAUCUGGCUUCGGCAAAGACCUGGGCCAAGAGGCACUCAAUGAAUACCUGAAGACAAAGGCUGUGACCAUCGAGUACUGA